AUGGGAGGUUGUUCAGUUGCGGAUGAUCGGAAGCUUGCUUCUGCUUUAACUCUCGUUUUGGUUGGAAAAACUCGGAAUGGGAUGUUUGAUUUAUCUGCAAAUCCUGAAGUUAUUCGGAAGGAAAUUGUCAGUUGCCUUCAUAUGGUCAAGGAUGGUAUUCAUGCUGUUCUAGUUAUUUUCUCUAUUUGCAGUCGGUUUUCAGAGGACGACCAAGAUGUAAUUUGUAGUUUGGUUACUUUGUUUGGGAGAAAAAUUUACAAUUAUAUUGUAAUUGUUUUUACGGGUGGAGAUGAACUUGAAGAAGAAGAAAAGAGUUUGGAUGAUUUUUUAUGUAAUUGUCCAGAAUCAUUGAAGAAAAUUCUCGACCUCUGUGGAAAUCGUUGUGUUCUUUUUGAUAACAGGACGAAAAACAAAGUGAAAAUAACCAGCCAGUUUCAAAAGCUUCUUUCUUCUUAUGUGAACAUGUUGUUGGAAGCAAAUGACAGGAAGCCUUAUACAAGUGAAAUAUUUGUCGAGCGGAAGGGGGUAGGGAUUCGGUCGGUGAAGAGAAAGCUUGACGAAAGAGAUGAUGAGGAUGUAUUGGUCAUACCUGGGCUUUCGAAUUCUGAUGUGGCUCGUGUCGACAUUGAAUAUGAAUGUAUGGCUUUACAGGAAAUGGUCAAAAGUCAACAGGAAACAAUUCAGGAUUUGUCGGUUGAGUUAGAUGAAGAGAGAAAUGCGGCCUCAUCGGCUGCAAUGAAGCCAUGUCUAUGA